UGAUUAGAAUUCGUCUCAAACGAAUCGCGUGCUUUUUCUCGAUCGGACGUAAAUCUCGUCUCUGGUUUGCGUCCUUAGCCCUAAAAUGAAGUUUGUUCAGUGGGUGAAAAUAGUGCUCUGCGUGAUCCUUGCGGCCCUUAAUAUCAUCCUCUUUGUGGUGUCAUGUGGCGUAGACUACCCCAUCCUGGUGGCCAGGGAGCAUGUUCGCUUCCGCCAGGAGAUGCCUACCAUGGACAGUUGGAUAAACUCGCCGUUUGGGAAACUGAAAAACUAUGUAUUCAACGUGACCAACGCCGAGGAGUUUCAAAGCGGCCGUGAUACCAAGUUAAAGGUACAGGAGAUAGGUCCUAUUGUGUACAAAAUCGUAGGGUUCAAUGACAUCUUGGAGCGAAAUGCGACAAAUGUUAAGUACCGCAAGCACCGUUACCGCGUAGUAGAGUUUCUCCCGGAGGAGAGUGUGGCUCCAGACGUCCUGAACUGGACCAUAACGUCCACCAAUAACGUGAUGUUAGGCGCAGCAUCGAAGUUGAAACAUACUUUGCCGCUUUUGGCCAUCGGUUUCGAUACCAUGUUCACGAUGGAGAGUAUUUUUGUCACCGACAGCGUCUAUUACUUUCUGUGGGAGUUUACACGACCUUUGUUAAAACAUUUAUCUAAAGUUUCCGACAUAAAACCCAACGUCGCGGUACUGCACAACGCUCUUAAGGAGAAGGAGGAGGUAUAUACAGUCAACAUUGGCCCGGAGCGCGGCAUUAAGAACUUCUUCCGUAUCGAAACGCUUAACGACGAGGUCAUCAUCCGGGAGCAACGUCCGCACACUCGUCGUUACGACUCUGACUCUUGUCCCUUCAAUGUGACCGGCGCCCUGGAUAACUCCCUCUUCCCACCUUUUGUCCGCCCAGAAACACCACUGGACAUAGUGGCUAUCGAGUCUUGUCGAGUCCUUCCUCUCACCUACCAGCGCAAGCAGCGCUACAACGGCCUUGACACAUUUCGCUACACACUGCUUCAGGCCAACCAGAAACCUCCGCAAUGUCUGGAUACCAGUUACGGAAUUAAGCUGCACGACGGGAUGUUCGAUGUAUCCCAGUGUGUGAUAAAUGACGCUCCAUCUGCGUUUUCUAUGCCGCACUUUUUCGGAAGCAGCUACAACUGGAGCGAGCACUACGAAGGAUACACGCCUAACGCCGAUGACCACGAACCCUAUAUUCUGCUGGAGCCUGUCACCGGCAUUCCUGUGACGGAGAAGUAUCGCUUUCAGUCUAAUAUUCCCAUUCCGGAUCUUAGGACGUUUAGCCCUCGCCUAAAUAGAUUUAGCAACAUGAUGAUCCCCAGCUUCUGGUAUGAGUUUGAAAUGGGGCAGCUGCCUGGCUUCGUUACCGCCCUAAUGUGGAUCAACGUAAACAUCGUGGCUCACAUGCAGCCGUACUGCAUGGGCUUAUACCUAUUAUUGGCAUUGUGGAGCGUUCUGAAGGCGAUCCGAGUGGCCUGCGGCGAUAUUGGCUAUGCGGGUUUGCGAAAGGCGUGCUGUGGCGAAAUGGGCACCACCACCGCUCUGGAAACCAAUUUCCAGGCAAACGCUUCCUCCUUUGAUGUGGCUGUCAAAUAGUGUCUGUUGAUGUGAUUUACUUCCCAGUCCCGUGUUUAAAUAUAUAUAAAAAAAUUUAGGUUUAGGCUAGAGGUGUUGCUACUGAUCCAUUAUCAGUAGUUCGUCGUUACUUAAUACACAACUAAGAAAAUUGAA